AUGGCAACCCAAGAUGCUCCAUUGGAGACGAAGCUUGCAGAGGUCAAUCUGAAUAAAGAUAUGACCCAGGAUGCAACCGCCAUUGCCACUCCAACAGAAUCGUCUUCCGUCGCCGCAUCGCUACGAGAGAAGCCUACAGGGCCCCUGAAAACACCAAUUGUUGAUCCAGUCGAAUCUGCCAGCCCACCUCCUCCCGCGGCCCUUACGGCGGACCAACAAGCCAAGUACGAUGCCUUGUUGGAGACAGUCAAGGCAUGGGAGGAAAUUCCUUCCUCAGCAGACAAAGGUGGCCCCGUUACAGAUAGUGAGAUUAUGUGGUUAUCAAGAGAAUGUCUCUUGAGAUAUCUGAGAGCAACGAAGUGGGUCACAGCAGACGCCGCGAAGCGCCUCCUUGGGACGCUGGCAUGGAGACGUGAAUAUGGUGUUGAAGAACUUACUGGAGAUCAUAUUUCGCCGGAGAAUGAGACUGGAAAGCAGUUUUUAUUAGGUUAUGAUAUUGCAGCGAGGCCGUGUCACUAUCUCAAUCCCGGCAGGCAAAAUACCGAGCCAAGCCCGCGACAAGUACAGCACCUGGUAUUCAUGGUGGAGAGGGUGAUUGAAUUGAUGGUACCUGGGCAAGAAACAUUGGCCCUUCUGAUCAACUUCAAGGCCUCGAAGUCCAGAUCGAAUACAACCCCGAGCAUCAGUCUGGGCAGAGAGGUCUUGAACAUUCUUCAAACACAUUACCCGGAGAGAUUAGGACGAGCCUUGAUUAUUAAUGUUCCAUGGGUUGUCUGGGGAUUCUUCAAAUUAAUUACUCCGUUUAUCGACCCAUUGACGAGAGACAAGCUGAAGUUUAACGACGAUAUGCGGCAACAUGUUCCUCCUCAGCAGCUAUGGAAAGACUUCCAGGGAGAUCUGGAUUUUGAGUAUGACCAUUCGGAAUAUUGGCCGGCGCUCCUAAAGUUAUGCGCGGAGAGGCACUCCGAACAAAAGGAGCGUUGGAUCGAGGCGGGGAAGAAUUAUGGAGAGAGCGAGGUCCACUUGAAAGGAGGAAAUGCGACAAGCAUCUAUCAGUCACCCAGUCAUACUACAAAGUCAGAAGAGAAAGACUAG